AUGGCAAUUCACUACCUCAUCCUCCUCUCUCGACAAGGCAAAGUGCGCCUUGCUAAAUGGUUUACCACUCUAUCCCCCAAGGAUAAAGCCAAGAUCAUUAAAGAUGUAACCCAACUCGUGCUGUCCCGUCGCACGCGGAUGUGCAAUUUCCUCGAAUACAAAGACACCAAGGUCGUCUACCGUCGAUACGCCUCCCUCUUCUUCAUCGCCGGAUGUGCCUCGACUGAUAACGAGCUGAUCACCCUCGAGAUCGUCCACCGAUACGUCGAGCAGAUGGACAAAUACUACGGCAAUGUGUGCGAGCUGGAUAUUAUUUUCAACUUCCAAAAGGCCUACUUCAUCCUGGAUGAGCUCCUGCUGGCAGGAGAAAUGCAGGAAAGUAGCAAGAAGAAUGUGCUUCGGUGUAUCAGCCAACAAGACAGUUUAGAAGAUAUGGAGGUGAGUUACCACCCUAUUUCUUUGGAUCAUCCCCCCCCAACCGCAUCACAAACCCAUCAAGGAGGGCCUGGGGCCUUGGAUUUGAAAUAUACCUGCGUUAUCAUACCGCCCCCUUUGGAUAGUCCUCCGAUUAAGUGGUUUGUCGUUGUCCUUUUCCCUCCCCAUCCCGCGAUAAGCUGCAUGACGUUUCUCCCGAAAGCCCCUGUUUCUCUCUGUUUAAUCUGGAGUCCCUUUUGCACGAUCUCUAGAGCACUGCCCCCGAUUUACGUUUUCAUCCUGGUCGAGGAAGAUGUGGUUACGAAGAUCAUGUAG